CACAUCCUACCUUCCACUUCCAAUUGCAGCAAACUUCAGCACAUCCAAAACUAUGCACCAAAGCCAAAACUCAGUUCCAAAAUAAAAAUGGAAACUAACUCCCUUAGCCUCCUUCUACAAGACCCAAAUGACUUCCAAUCUAACUUCAAUUCCCUCUUCAACAAUCUCAACACUGCCCUUUUAUCCACCCACAACAAUAAUACCAAAUCAAGAAACCAUCAUUUCAGUCCCAAAUUCAAGUUUUCCUCAACUUCCCUUUCAAUUGAAGCACAAACCAAAAACCCCACUACAAAUUUUCUAAAACCUACCACUAAAGACUCUCCAAAGGUUCAAAUUCUUUUCAAGAAUCUAUCAGUUGUUGAAAGAGCACUUAUUGGUGCAGGUGGUGGUGGCAUUGCUGGUGCAUUUACAUAUGUAUGUCUUCAUCCACUUGAUACAAUUAAAACUAAGCUUCAAACUAAAGGGGCAUCUCAAAUUUACAGUGGAGCAAUUGAUGCUAUUGUUAAGACAUUUCAAAGUAAGGGGAUUCUUGGUUUUUACAGUGGUGUUUCUGCUGUAAUUGUUGGGUCUACUGCUUCUUCUGCUGUGUAUUUUGGGACUUGUGAGUUUGGGAAAUCGAUUUUGUCGAAAUUCCCACAAUACCCUUCUGUGCUUAUACCACCUACAGCUGGUGCAAUGGGGAAUAUUGUCUCAUCUGCUAUAAUGGUGCCUAAGGAAUUGAUUACUCAGAGAAUGCAAGCUGGUGCUAAAGGAAGGUCUUGGCAGGUGUUAAUGAGAAUCUUGGAAAAAGAUGGAAUUUUGGGGUUGUAUGCUGGAUAUAGUGCUACAUUGUUGAGGAAUUUGCCUGCUGGGGUCUUGAGUUAUUCAUCAUUUGAGUACUUGAAAGCAGCAGUAUUGAGUAAAGUGAAGAAGGAACGCUUGGAGCCGUUUCAGAGUGUUUGUUGUGGGGCAUUAGCUGGUGGAAUAUCAGCUUCACUAACAACCCCUUUGGAUGUGGUGAAGACUAGGUUGAUGACUCAAGUUCAUUCUGAUGGAAUCUCGACUAUUGUUAGACAGAUAUUGAAAGAUGAAGGGUGGGUUGGUUUUACGCGAGGAAUGGGUCCUAGAGUACUUCAUAGUGCUUGUUUUUCAGCUCUAGGGUACUUUGCAUUUGAGACAGCUAGGCUUACAAUUUUGGAUCAGUAUCUGAAGCAUAAGGAGCUAGAGAAUUUGGUUCCUGCAGAUGAUCCAGCCCAGGCCGAUUAGAAUAUGCAUUAAACGAAGCAGUAGCCCUGUCCGGGACUUCUCUCUUCAGUUAUGCAUGCCUGUCAAUUCUAAUCUCCUCAUCUGCGGCAAGAAUCCUACCUUGUAAUUCCUGUAACUAGUUCAUAGACUAAGCUAUUUUAAGGCAACUAGUAGAAUACAAUAAAUAAUUAUUUCGGAAAGAGUAUCCCCUCCUCGGCACGGUCUCAUAGUUGUGCUCCUCAGCUUUUGAAAAUUUUCAUCCUUAGAAAAGCUGUUCACGCUGAUUGUAUUUAAGUCAAGAAAGGCUUGUUUGAUGCUCCAAAAUACCAACAUUUUCAAUAUGUUUCCAGUUCAUCAAGGAAGAAUUUUUGUGUAUCACACCUCAAUAAGUGAUGCUCUUAGAAGCUAGCUUCUAUCAAUUCAACAAUGACUUUCUUGGAGUGAA